AUGACCACACCACAGCAAAGAGCUCCGUCUCUAACGUUCCCGACGUCGUCGGAGCCUCGAACUCCCAGACAGCCGCUGUCAACAAUAGCGAACGGCGCGAGUUUCGUCGCAGCCGACCUGCUGCCGGCUGAAGGCCAGCUUCGCGUGGUCGGGCGGCGUAAUGACAGAGUGGCUGGCGGCUGCAUCGCGCGACCGGUCGGUCGGUUCGCUUUCUGCGCGGAGCCGGCGAAGGCGGCGCGGGUUGCGGCGGUAAGUGCCGGCCGGCACUGCCCCCGUCACGUGGCAACGCCGCCGCCGCCGCCGCCGCCGCCGCCGCUCAGUCGCGCUCCGACUGCCGACCCGCGCGGACGCCGGGACGUCGCGACGCCUGCUGCCGGCCACGAGGUCUGCCACGCAUCGAGACGCACGCGCCCAGAUCAGGAACCGCAGAGGUCGCAGGACGAUGAACGUGUUGAGACACGCCGUGACGGGCGUGACAGCUCACUUGUUGCUGGACGUGACGCCGCUGUGGGUGCGAUGCCACCAGCUACAGGCAGCGCGGACGGCCGGCCACGCUGGGCCGAGUGCCGCUUAGCCACGCUGUCUGCCGCGCCACAGCCGGACCUUCCGAGGACCGCGGCUGCCCGGCGUCCCCCGGCCCGGUCUGCGCAGCCGCGGCCGAUCCUUGCCCAGGAGGCUGAUUUGCCGAGUGCGGGAAGUGAGCCGCUCGACAGACCUGCGUCAGAGGCGACGGGAGAACGCGGAAUUGCGAGAGUGAGGGGCCGGCCGUUCCCGACCCGGCGGGCGGCGCGCGCGCCCACGGACGGACGGACGGGCGGCGGGAGUCGAGCGGCGACCUCCGGCCGGGUCACGGCUAACUGGCCGGAUCACCUUGCGCCGGGCGGCGGCGCCUCGCCUCGCCGCGGGCCGCGCAUCCGUCAUGCGACGCCGGCGAGCUGUGGGCGCAACGCGGAGCACCGGCAGCGGCGCCGCACACACCGCGGCAUUCCCGUCCACUAA